UAGUAAAGUAAGGCACAUGGGAAAAAAGGCUCCAGGGGGCCUUUCAACUUUGACAUCAGGCUUAGAUGGUCGACCAAUCACGUCAAAUCUCUGAGCUGAACGCGAAUGGGAGAAACACCCAAUCAUCACGCUAAAAGCCGUGAGUUCGUUGACAAAGGUUCUUAGAAAACACCAAAUUGAGCUCCAACUGGGGAUAUCCAACGCCCAUCCGAUAACAUUUCCCGAUCGCAUUAAUUCCCAACGUUUCCAAAUGAAGAAAUAAUCAACAUAAAAAAGAGAAUGCUUCCGACACAAGUACUUUUAUUCGGUUCAGCUGGGACAAGUUGGUGAAUUUUCGUGCAUUUAAAGGCCUGCUCAGGCACAGGCGGGCCAAGCCCUACACUCUUUCGGCGAACGGCAUGCCAUAGCUAUCAAUUAAAGCUUUGGUACCAGGGCGUAUAUAUACCUCAAACACGGUCACCUCCAUAUUCACUGCGCCUCGCUCUAGAUUAUAUCAGCUUGAAUUUUUUCUCUGCUUUCGCAAAUCCGGAAUCUGUCAUCUGAGUCUCGUCAGAGGCACAGAAGACAACCGUUGUCUCCUCGAUGAUGGACACCACCAUGGAUGCUGGCAUGGAUGCCAGUAUGGACGGCGGCAUGGAUGGUGGCAUGGAUGGCGCACUGGAUGGUGGUAUGGGUAAUGGAAUGCACGGAGGCAUGGAUGGAGGCAUGGACGGAGGCAUGCCCGUGGAUCUUGAUGGCGUCGAUUUGUUCGGCGACCCAGUUGAUCUGAUGGCAACCGCUACGCCGCCUAGUAAGAAGCUACUACAACAAGUCGACGACAUGAGGAGUCGGGGCUGCUGUCAAAAGAUUGCCUGGUCCAAGCACGGCGCCAUUGCCUCGGUCGCUCAUGAUGGCCGGUCCAUUGAGCUGCGGUAUCUGUUCUCAGACCCGACGGACGGUUCCUGGAAGCUGAGCGAGCCUACAACUUAUUCCCAGUUUGGAGCCACUCAACCAGACAGCCGCAUCGUUCAUCUGUCCUGGGCCGGCAGUAUGCCCAGCUCCGAGCUUGCUGUCAUCGAUGAUGUCGGACGUGUGAGCUUUUUGGCAGUACCUUCAGCUGUCAACAAGCCCGUCACUACACGGACCUGGGACUCGGAACCCUUUGACGACCUCCACGCCGUGGCAGGGAGCUUUUGGCUUCCCUUGGUGCCACCUAGUAGACAACAUUUCGUUACCCAGUAUGGUCCCGCCAUACGAGACGGCAACGCUUAUAGAUUUGAGCAGUCUCCCACGCCAGCUAUAGGCCCUUUUCAUCCAAACCCCAUGAAGAGCGCGUUUUUGUGCGUGACAAGCAACGGCCUGCUCAAGUUGUUCUACUAUCAGAACAAUAGCACAAUCCAGCAGACGUCGUUGGAGAUGGAAACGAUAAGUUCUGCCGACGACAUAAUUACACAUGCAUCCAUGUGCGCUGAUAAAAGUGGCCAGUUAUAUGUAGCCUUGGCGCAUGCCUCCCAGCAACUGAAGAUCAUGAGGGUUCAGACCGACUGGGGCUUGCCAUCUCAAGCAGACAAGCAAACAGCCCCCCAUGCCCUUCCUCUCAACCCCACCCUGAAGGAAAAGCGUGUAGCUGUGACAAGCUGGCUUCAGAACGAUACGGCAGCUGCAGGAUUGGCAUCGCACGUUGAUUACGCCAUGACGCAGCUCUCUCUUUUGGAACUCUUGCCAGGUGUUCCUAACGGCGAUGGUCAGCCUUGGGCUCCUCCCUUGGUUCUGACCGUUCGAUCCUAUGUCCCUACUGGAUAUGGAGGCGGACUGCAGAGCACGGUAGAUAUCUGGGAAAUAAUCAGCGACCAACCUCAGCAGCUACAUCAGGCGUUCCAGCAACUAAGCUCAAGGAACGGCUUAGGCUCGAACCCACAGUCUGCAACGAGACUUCGCAAGUUAGAGUCGAUACCAUUCCAUAAAGUGGUCGUGUCCAUAAAUCUGCUUCACUCGGGAAGGGUGGUGUGCUUUGCCUUUAGCGACGGAUCUAUUCAACAUCGAGACAGAGUUACCAUGACCGAGAUACAAGCAAGCCCGGAUCUCGACCGUAUUGUAACUCUGAACCAGAUGGGAUUUCACUAUGCUGAAGAGUCUCCUUGCCUACAGGUAGCAUUCUCGCCGUCCAACUGCUCGUUUGUGCAAAUAUGCGAAAACGGCAAAAUAAAAUGGAAUCACUUGAGAUUCCCAGCUGCGGAUAUUGGCUCUACGCCACAAGACGUCCAAUAUUCAGCCGUCAUCGCGGGCCUCACUGUAGCCCUCUCAACUGCCGUGGCAUCCAUGGCCAACUUUGACGACAUUCUGAUAUUGGCGCGUCAGUUCAACAGCAAGCCCCGUUUUGCCAUUGAUUGGAUUGGGCAGAUUGUUCGCUUGUUGAGAGUUCAUGUCGACUACUCAGAAGGUUUAUCUCAGGACGCGCUCGUUCGAAACACCAACCUCCAAGUGUGCCUCAGUAUCAUGAAUCACAUGGGCUUCGGUGGUGAGUUCCGGCCGCGGUCUUUCGGGGGCAAAUUCUCACUGAUUACGCUGCAUGUGCGCAACCUGGUCAUUCUCAUUACCCUCGCCAACAACGCCAAUUCGCAACGCAAGGUGACGCCCUUGGACGAGCCCGAAGUGGUCGAAGUACUUGCAAGCUCUUUCAAGUGGACUAUAGAGCUCUUAACGUGGAUCAGCGACUGCAUCUUUGAGCUGGAAGAUGAUGUGAAGUUUAUGACUUUACUGAAUGCGAGCCCUGGCUCUCAAACGGAUUGGAAGGAUUUGUUCUCAUAUCUCCAGUCCAAGGAAGAGGUGGUCCUGCACCUCCUGUUGUGCUCUUCAAGCCGCGGCUUUCUCAUCUCUGUAUGCCGCCGUCUGCUGCAUCUUGACGGCCUGGGCAAGAAGGCGGUCCAAUACUAUCAGCAGCAGUUUGCAAAAGGAGCGCCAUCGUUGCAAGGAAGCGCCGACUCGUAUGAGAACCAUACUCGGUUAUUCUCUGCAUACCAGAAGCUGCAUGCUCAUGCCUCAAACAGCAUGAUUGAUAUUGCCCAAUUAGAAAAGCUUCUGUCGGGACUCGGAAGCCAAAUCACCACGGUUUAUGAGCAAUCCUUUAGGAUUCAGGCGCAGAGGGUACAACAACAGCAGCAGCAGGGUGCAAACGCAAACAGGCAGCAGCAGCAACAGCAGCAGGACGCGCGGGUUAAGGCGCUGCAGAACCAAAACGAACUGAUGCUCCUGCUGGGCGGCACGCCGUUCCCCGUGCUGCAGCCGAUGCUCAAGAAGUUCUUCGAGACGGACCUCCAGACCUUCAAGGCCACGGUUCCCGACCGCGCCAAGCUUUACUUUGCCGACUACUCGAGCCUCGGGAUCCUCGACGACCGCUACAGCCUCUUAGAGAGGCGGAAGAACAGGGGCAGAUAUGUAGACACCUUCAGCCACGUCGAGAUGCGGCCAGACUCGCCGCCGCCCAAGGGCCAGCAGGACUCGACGACGCCGCCCGGACAGUGGAGGCGCUGCGUCCGCUGCACCUCCGUCAUGGAGGACACUACCGCCGACCCCAAGACCGGCCUGGCCAUCGUCAUGGUCAACACAAACCAGCGCCGCUGCUGCUGCGGCGGGAACUGGAGCGUCGUGCCGCGCGGCAACGCUGUGGUGUAGAAUCCAGACAGCGAUAUGCCGCCGGCCGUGAGCUCUCCGCCGCUACGUCCCUUCACAGACCCGCGACUGCUCUUGCCAGGAUCCGGGGGUUUUUGCUUGUGAGACUGGAAGCUUGGGCUGUUCUGGAGUGGGAAAGAGUCAAGGCAAAAGGGUCUGUCUUUGCAGUAAUUUUGUGGUUCCUUUUUUCUUCUCUGGUUUCUUCCUUUCCUUGGAUACCAUACCCAGGCAAAACAUCUGGCGGCUUGUCAAGCGUAUAUAUACCCUAGGUAGUAAUUUCAUCGCCUGCUUGAUCAUGGACCUACCCGG